AUGCGGAAGUGUAAGGUUUUUGUGGGCAAUUCACAUCCCGAACUCGGGAAUUUGGUAUGCCAUAGAUUGGGCAUUGAACCUGCACCAUGUACGCUAAAAAAAUUCGCCAAUGGCGAAACUUCCGUGCAAAUCGGAGUUUCUGUGCGUGACGAAGACGUGUAUGUGAUCCAGUCUGGGUCUCCAGCUAUCAAUGACCAUAUCAUGGAACUUUUGAUUUUGGUAUCUGCUUGCAGAGGCGGAUCUGCCAAGAAAAUCACAGCUGUGGUACCACAAUUCCCUUACUCCAAACAGUGUAAGAUGAAAAAGCAUAGAGGCGCUAUUACGGCUAGAAUGCUUGCAAACUUGCUCAUUAUGGCUGGAGCAGACCACGUUGUGUCUAUGGAUCUCCACGCCUCUCAAAUGCAAGGUUUUUUCAGUAAGCCGGUUGACAACCUAUAUGGAGGACCUAGUUUGGCCAAAUGGAUCAGGGAAAACGUCGAGGAGUUUGCUGAUGCGGUCGUAGUGUCCAAAAACCCAGGCGGUACCAAGAGAGUGACUGCGUUGGCAGAUUCACUAAAGAUAAAUUUUGCUAUGAUACACACCGAUCGUCGUCGCUCUAAAGACUUGUAUUCGCAAAACAGAAACAAAACUCAACUUUUGCAAAGAAAGCAGUCCAUGCUGAGGAAAAAUAAGCCCAUCGUCAGGCCAGGAGAGGCUCCAGGUGAGGAGGAAAAUAUUAUUCUCACUAACGGCAUUCAAACCGCAAGAGUUGUCAAGGGACACGUUGUCGAUGACGACGAUUACGCAGAUGAUGCUUGUAUUUCAGAGUCGGAAAAUGACUCGGAUGCACUAUCGUCAGUCAGUGAUUCCUAUGCGCUUGGUUCGUAUGAUGCCGUUGACUCCGAAGACGAAGAGGGCCCUGACUUUGUGGAUCAAGAAAAGUUGAUCACUUUGGUCGGUAACGUCAACGGACGUUCUGCCAUCAUAUUAGAUGACAUGAUAGACAGACCUGGAUCCUUCAUUAGCGCAGCAGAGCAUAUGAUGAAGAACUGUGGUGCCAAGAGAGUUUAUGUGAUCGCAACUCACGGUGUAUUCACCGGUGAUUGUCUGGAACAGCUGGAAAACUCAACAUCGAUCCACCAGAUAGUCGUUACCAACACAUACCCAAUUUCUCAGCAGAAACUGGCAAGUUCAAAAAAAUUGGUGGUCAUUGAUGUAUCUUCGAUUUUUGCGGAAUGCAUUCGCCGUGACCACUACGGAGAGAGUAUCUCCGUUCUGUUCGACUCUUUGGCUUCAUUGUGA